CUGGUUGGGGCUCUUUAAAAGCUGCUGCAAGUGGUGUCUGUCAGCCUCAUUAUCACUUUGUCUUGGCUUGAGGGAAUUACUAUCCACCUUUCAACACAGACAAGCACAGCACUCGGUGGACAUAAUCUAAGAUCAGAAAUCCUGAUACUAAACAAUCAGGGAGUCCGCUGUAGAAGGCUGGACUGUUACCAUCUACCAGUGGACAACUUCCAGUGUGAGAUGCUUCUGUACCUAAACAUCCUGGUGCUGCUCCUCCUGCAGCCGGCUUUGACAAGCCCAGUGCCGCUGACCACCCCAUCCAGAGAUUGUUCCACGUGUAAAUCAAAGUCCACACAGCCGCCUGCAGAUUUAAACACCACCGCUCUGGCUGUUGGAGAACCAUGUGGGGUCUACACUCUGAGCUGUGCCCAUGGUCUACGCUGUGCACCUCAAGAGGAUGAGCCGAGGCCCCUCCGUGCCCUGCUAGAAGGCAGGGGAGUCUGCAGUAACGCCAGCAGCAUCAGCCCAACUGAAAACGUCCAAACGGCAGACCCAGCACCCACUGAGGAUCCAAAUGAGGCUCCAUGUCGUAAACUGCUUACUACACUUAUCAAAGGUCUUGACGCCCAUUUAUUUAACUCAGAACAUGACAUCUACAUGCCCAACUGUGACAAGCGUGGUUUCUUCAGAAAGAAGCAGUGUUGGUCGUCUCGAGGAAAGCGACGUGGCAAGUGCUGGUGUGUGGAUCAGAACGGCAUGCCAGUCCCCUCAAACACCAAACAGAGGGGCAGCCUGAGCUGUUAAAAUGCAUGAAGCCUGGACUGAAGCAGGGUGAAGCGCCAUUACCGAUAUGAGAUAAAGAUGAAGGAACACCGUACAGAGUCUAAAGGAGCUCUACACACAUCUCACAUUUCAUUCUCCACCAGACAGAAGCUGCUUCACAAUCAGGUGUAACUCUGUCUCCUUGCGCCCUCUGCUGAACUUAUUAGGACUGUAUUAAUUAGACAUUCCUCUCACAUCUGCUUAUAUUACAGUAGAUGUAGAUUUAUAGGAACGUGUGAGUUAAUCCAGCCAAGUGUCACAUUGAAAGAGACAAUUUGUAGUAACCUGAACUGUCUUAACUCUGCAAUAACUUAUUGUUAAAGUCAUCUUUAUGUUUCAACAUUUUAACUCCAAUAAUAUUUCACGCCAUCCACCAAGUUUCAGAAACAAUAUGAUUUGGAUCAUAUAUCAUAUUUAUAAGUACAGUAUUUCUUUUUAACUUUGAAAGCACUCUAACUGUGUUACUGUAAUUGCUGUACAUAAUAUCUAGAUGUAAUCCUAUUUAUGUUACUUUGAUACUCUAUUUAUGUUAAUAUUGCUGGUAAUUUGAAUAAGUAAUUUAUCAGUGGUUGCCUGUACGAGCAGACACCUAACAGUAUUUCAAAAACCUGAAUUUCUAAUGCAGAAUGAAUUAGAUUGGGGCAUUAUCAUUAUGAGUUUCUUUUUUAGGCAUUCAUCAAGAAAGUUGGUAGUAGGUGUGUUGUUUAAAAAAGGUUAAGACUGACACUAAUGGGCAAUAUUGCAAACGGGUCCAUGAGGGACUUUUACUGAUGCUUUGUGGAUUUUGUGCAUUUAAAGAUUGUUUUGUUACCUUUUUUAAAAUAAAAAUUACUUUUCUCAAGAA